UAUUAUUAUGGUUGAAUUAAAAAGUAGAAACCUCCACAGCGAAAAUAUGGCGUUACAAGGAUUGAGUACUGUUUCUGUGGCAGUUACAAUAUCUGUAAGGCCUUCGACUUCUAAUCUUGUUCGAAUUCCUUCUUCAAGUUUAUGUCAGGUCCCUUCUCCGAGAAUCAGAAUUGGGUCGGUACGGUGUAAAGCGGUGGGAGAAAACCAGCAGCAAGUUUAUAACGGUGUUUAUGGCCCCUGGACCGUUGAAGCCGAGGAUGUCAAAGAGGUUAUAUCGUACCGAUCAGGAUUGGUAACAGCUGCGGCAUCAUUUGUCAUCGCUGCAUCUGCCGCCUAUUUGCCCGAUAACCUAAGUGAUACGCUCAAGCAAAACAUUGAUUUUUUUUAUGUCAUUGGGUCAGGUGGGUUGGGUUUAUCAUUAUUCUUGAUUCAUAUCUAUGUGACUGAAAUCAAGCGCACUCUGCAAGCAUUAUGGGGCCUCGGAGUUCUUGGAUCAGCUGCAACCUACAUCACCCUUGCCCAACCGGCUAAUAAAACUUUAAUACAGUAUGUUAUUGAUAACCCAUCAGCUGUCUGGCUCGUCGGUCCUCUUUUUGCUGCUUUGACAGGACUUGUUUUCAAGGAAGGACUCUGCUACGGCAAGCUAGAAGCUGGAGCACUCACGUUUAUUAUUCCUAUUCUUCUUCUUGGACAUCUGUCUGGUUUGAUGGACGAUGGAACUAAACUUACUUUGCUGGCUUUAUGGACGGGUCUUUUUGUGAUAUUUGCCGGAAGGAAAUUCACUCAGCCCAUCAAGGAUGACAUCGGUGACAAGUCCGUUUUCACGUUCAAAUCCCUCCGCGAUGACGAAAAGAAAGCCUUGAUUGAGAAAUUGGAACAACAAAAAUCUCAGUAUUAAGUAUACCAGCUCUAAUACACCAUGGGGCGGACUCCUUGAACUCGUAGGAGUUUUUUUCGAAACGAUGAUGGCACACCAAGCUAUGCGAGCACCGCCUGCAGUUCUCAUAUAAGAGAGAGGACACUUUUUCAUCAUGUCUUCCUUUUAUACCUGUAAAAAUUGUAUGCUAUGUUGCCCAAUAACAAUUUAGUACAGGUUGGUGUAGACUUGUUUUAGAUUGUAUCCAAUCUUAAUUAAAUUAUACUAAAAGAAAAGCUGUCAGGUCUGGGACAUUUUAGUAAAUUCGAUUUUCCUGCUCACUGUAAGUACAGAUAUGUAUUUUAUACAACAAGUUCCAUCCAAUUUUUGUGGAAGCCUGUAGGCAGCAUUGUUUUGUUGUUGUA